AAUACACAUGUUUUUAGACAAACAAUGAAUACCAGACAGCGAUUCUCUCUCCUCUCAUCUCACUCUCUUGUUUCCAGUUUCCACGCCCAGUUUUCCAUCCUGUCACGAUUUCCCCAAAAUUCAUUUUUCUGCAAUUUUUUGCUGUUAUUAUUUUUGAGUAAAUAAAGUUUCGAUUUUUUACCCAAGGAGUAAGACCGUGGAGGAUUGCAGUUAGGGUUUCGUCGUUAAACCUCCUGCAAAUCUCGUUCGGAGGCGACAGAAGCUGUGGAGUGUUUCGGAAUCGUAGAAAGGGGGAAGGUUAGGUUUUCUUGCGGACUCGAUUUGGGAGGGGUUAGUCUCUGGCGACAAUGGCCAGCAACUUGCCGAUGAGCCCGCAGUUGGAGCAGAUCCAUGGCGAAAUCCACGACAAUUUUCGAGCCCUCGCAAAUGGCUUCCAGAAGCUGGAUAAGAUCAAAGACUCCAAUAGACAAAGUAAACAGCUGGAGGAACUUACAGGAAAGAUGAGGGAAUGUAAAAGAUUAAUUAAAGAGUUUGAUCGUGAAGUCAAGGACGAGGAGAGCCGAAAUCCUCCUGACGUGAAUAAACAGCUUAAUGAUGAAAAGCAAUCUAUGAUCAAAGAGCUGAAUUCAUAUGUGCAAUUGAGAAAAACGUAUAUGAAUAGCCUUGGUAACAAGAAAGUCGAACUCUUUGAUAUGGGAGCAGGAAUUAGUGAACCCACUGCUGAUGAGAAUGUUCAAAUGGCUUCAGCUAUGUCAAAUCAAGAACUAAUCAAUUCUGGGAUGAAAACAAUGGAUGAGACUGAUCAGGUCAUUGAACGCUCUAAAAAGGUUGUUGAGCAAACAGUUGAAGUGGGAACUCAAACUGCUGUUACCUUAAAGGGCCAAACUGACCAAAUGGGCCACAUUGUAAAUGAGCUGGACACAAUUCAGUUUUCAAUUAGGAAGGCCUCUCAGCUUGUAAAGGAGAUUGGUAGACAGGUGGCAACAGAUAAAUGCAUCAUGCUUUUUCUUUUGCUUAUUGUAAUUGGUGUAAUAGCAAUUAUUGUUGUGAAGAUUGUGAACCCCAGCAAUAAAAACAUAAGGGAUAUCCCUGGAUUGGCGCCGCCUGCUGCAAGGAGGCUUUUGUCAACGAGUCUUCUGCAACAGUUCGAAUAGUUUCCUCCUCUUUUUCAGGAUUCAAUUUUUCCGACAUAGGUACUAUGAUUCAUGUUCUGGGGAUGCGGAGGAGGCUCAGAGGAAUACUUGUGCAUUGAUCGGUCUUUUCUUUUACUUAUACAUUAUUCUUGCCCGAGUUGUGCAUAUUGUUUGUGAUUCUCUAUGUAAAUCACGCGUGAGUCCUUUUUUUUUUGCUUUGGUUUGAAUGGCCAUCCACGGUUCUUUCUGUAAUCUUUCCAAGACUGUUUUAGUUAUAGAGAGAUGCACUUUGCUCUAUAUCUACCUGCGAUUUAGAUGUAUUGCCUUCCAAUAUGUAUUCACAUUGUUUUAUUCUAAUUUCUAGUGAAUAUCGAAGCGCCUUGUUGCAA